GAGCACGGGGGAGUGACGUACGUGCGAUCCUUCUCGGAUCCUCGCACGCACCCAAUCGGCCCGAAAAGUAAUGUACUUUCCCUGUUCUUGGUGACGACGUUAAACCGACCGACCGAAUAGACUAGGAAGAACCGCGUGGAGGAGGAGGAGAGUAGCACCGAAAAAGAACCGGCGCGUGGUGGACGCUCCGAUCGCGCCCAUAACGCUGAUGGUGAUGAUGACGAUGGUGAUGGUGUUGUGAUGUGGAUGUGCCCGUAAAAAUUAGUACAAAUAGAGCGAUUAAGUGGCGAUUAAUUUGUUGACGCACCCGGGUGCCCGGAAGCCAGGGAACGGACCGGACCGGACCGGAACGCCCCCCCUAGCCUGAGACGCUGAAGACUCAUGCGGCUGGACAUCAUAAUGUUUGGCGGUGGUCAUCGUAAUUAAGGAGCUCGCUAGAGAGAGAAAGAGAGAAGGACUGGCCUAAAAACACCGCUGGAAUCGCACUCGACAAUGAAGCGGACUCGGUGGUGCGCUCGACCGACGAAAGUGACCAGCCGGGCCAGCGCGUUAGCCGUCUGCUAGCGAACCGGAACCGGAAGACAAUCCCACCGGUCCCAUCCGGUGUCACACAUCGAUCGGAGCGACCAGCGGUUCCGGUACCAGGGGAUUGUGUUCGUGUCCCUGUGCAUAAUGAAACGUGGCGCACGCUAAUCACGUUUGUCGAUAAUUUUGGACGCCAGCGAGGACACCGAGCAGCCCCCCAGCCCCCCGCGCAAGAAGAGAGCGAGCGAAAGAGAGCGACAAAGAGACAACCGGGUCCGGGUCACGAACCAUGGGCAACGAACCGGGGACAACGAGCUCCACCGGUUCCGGUGGCAGUAGCGGAGGUCGCCACACCGCUGGAGGAGGAGGAGCGAAGAAGGAACGUGACUCCUGGAGUACCGGUGAUCGGGGUGCUGCUAACGGGACAGGCGAAUCGGCCGGAACUGAAGGUGCGUCCGAUGGUGCGAAGGAUACCAAGGACGCCACCACCAACGGUGGCAACUCGUCCGCUGAUGAGAAGAAGUCGGCGGCCACCGAAACGGCGCAGAUACUGAACAGCAAGGAGCGCAGCCUGGUGGUCGCACUGACCGGUGAGCGACGGCGUGAAACCUGGAGCCAGAAGGCCGAGUUCCUGCUGGCCGUGAUUGGGUUCGCGGUGGAUCUCGGUAACGUUUGGCGGUUCCCGUACAUCUGCUAUCAAAAUGGCGGCGGUGCGUUCCUCAUCCCGUAUUGCAUCAUGCUGCUGUUUGGGGGUUUACCAUUGUUCUACAUGGAGCUUGCCCUUGGCCAGUUUCACCGGUGCGGUUGUCUUUCGAUCUGGAAGCGUAUCUGUCCGGCGUUGAAAGGUGUGGGCUACGCCAUCUGUCUGAUUGACAUCUACAUGGGCAUGUACUACAACACGAUCAUCGGCUGGGCGGUGUACUAUCUGUUCGCGUCGUUCAGCUCGGAACUACCGUGGACCAAGUGUGGCAAUCCGUGGAAUACCGACGCUUGUUCACCGGUUACCGGGCGGUUGAACGAAACGCUCACCACGGUGGCCGCAACGGUGGACACCAUCUUCUCGUCGACAACGAACGGUCUCGCGGGUGUCACACUCCUCGGUGGUGGUGGUGGUGGUGCCAACGGGACGACACUAGCCAGCACACUGUCCACGGCCGCUCAUCAGCUGUACCACCAUGAGCAUCAUCUGCUGACCAGUACCCUACCGACGAUGCUAUCGAAUCUCAGCACCAGCACGGUGGCCACGGUCGUCGAAAUGGCUGGAGCCGUUCACGUCAAGCAACCCGCACUGGCCAGUCCGGCACGAGAGUUCUUCGAACGCCAGGUAUUGGAGCAGUACAAAUCGAAUGGCCUAGACUUUAUGGGACCGGUGAAACCUUCGCUAGCGCUCUGCGUGUUCGGGGUGUUUGUGCUGGUGUACUUUUCGCUCUGGAAGGGUGUCCGCAGUGCCGGUAAGGUGGUCUGGGUAACGGCCCUCGCACCGUACGUGGUGCUGUUGAUUCUGCUGGCCCGCGGUGUUACGCUGCCUGGUGCGGCCGAGGGCAUUCGGUACUACUUGACGCCACAGUGGGAUAAACUUAACAAUUCGAGGGUUUGGAUCGAUGCCGCUUCCCAAAUCUUCUUCUCGCUCGGCCCUGGCUUCGGUACGCUGCUGGCACUGUCGAGUUACAACAAGUUCAACAACAACUGCUACCGGGAUGCGCUGCUGACGAGUAGUAUUAACUGUUUGACGAGCUUUCUGGCCGGGUUCGUCAUCUUCUCCGUGCUCGGUUAUAUGGCUAACGUGCAGAACAAAUCGAUCGAGGAGGUUGGCCUGGAAGGGCCGGGCCUUGUGUUUAUCGUCUAUCCGGAAGCGAUCGCCAUGAUGAAGGGGUCCGUGUUUUGGUCCAUCAUUUUCUUCCUCAUGCUCAUCACGCUUGGGCUCGACUCGACGUUCGGUGGGCUGGAGGCGAUGAUAACGGCCCUGUGCGACGAG